GCUACCCACUGCUACCCACUGCUACACACUGCUACCCACUGCUACACACUGCUACACACUAAAAGUGUGAAAUAGGACAAUUAUAAGCACCUACCAAAUUAUUAGAAUUGUUUUAAAGGGAGAGUUCAUCCUAACAUGACUGGAUUGGCAAUUCCUAGUUGAUCUGUUCAGUCUCCUAUUUGAUGAGACUGUAGUUUCCCUCCUCAGCAUGCUGACCCUGUUUACACUGACAUAGAGAGGCCACGCUGCUGGGCCACGGGAUUAUUCACAUCCAACGUGCCAUAUGGACGUGAUGUAUAACGGCGCAAGAGGCUGUGAUGCUCCCCUUUAUUUGACCCUUCAUUCAUACAACAACUAGACCACACUACCUCCUCUAAUGAGAUGCCCUGGACUCCGUUCAUUCACUCUGCACAGAGGAUGCUGACCAAUCACAAGCGGGCUCUCUCACUCUCUGCAUAGCAUACACAUGCUGGCCAAUCACAAGGGUCCCCUGCUUAAAGUGCCCAGUUAGAUGCUGGUGAGGAGAGGGAGGGUUUUACCAAAGACAGAACAGUAGGAGAAACUCUGGGGCUUUACCAAAGACAGUACAGUAGGAGAAACUCUGGGGCUUUACCAAAGACAGUACAGUAAGAGAGACUCUGGGGUGUUACCAAAGACAGUACAGUAGGAGAAACUCUGGGGCUUUACCAAAGACAGUACAGUAGGAGAAACUCUGGGGCUUUACCAAAGACAGUACAGUAGGAGAAACUCUGGGGCUUUACCAAAGACAGUACAGUAGGAGAAACUCUGGGGCUUUACCAAAGACGGUACAGUAGGAGAAACUCUGGGGCUUUACAAAAGACAGUACAGUAGGUAGAAACUCUGGGGCUUUACCAAAGACAGUACAGUAGGAGAAACUCUGGGGCUUUACCAAAGACAGUACAGUAGGAGAACUCUGGGGCUUUACCAAAGACAGUACAGUAGGAGAAACUCUGGGGCUUUACCAAAGACAGUACAGUAGGAGAAACUCUGGGGCUUUAACUCAGUGUGUCGGAAGCAUGAGUUGCUGCUAGUGCUAACGAGAACGCUGCUUCAGCAGUGUGGCAGUAUUUCAGCACGUCUUCAGCAGGGUGGCAGUAUUUCAGCACGUCUUCAGCAGGGUGGCAGUAUUUCAGCACGUCUUCAGCAGUGUGGCAGUAUUUCAGCACGUCUUCAGCAGGGUGGCAGUAUUUCAGCACGUCUUCAGCAGGGUGGCAGUAUUUCAGCACGUCUUCAUUGGGGUGGCAGUAUUUCAGCACGUCUUCAGUGGGGUGGCAGUAUUUCAGCACGUCUUCAGUGGGGUGGCAGUAUUUCAGCACGUCUUCAGCAGGGUGGCAGUAUUUCAGCACGUCUUCAGCAGGGUGGCAGUAUUUCAGCACGUCUUCAGUGGGGUGGCAGUAUUUCAGCACGUCUUCAGUGGGGUGGCAGUAUUUCAGCACGUCUUCAGUGGGGUGGCAGUAUUUCAGCACGUCUUCAGUGGGGUGGCAGUAUUUCAGCACGUCUUCAGUGGGGUGGCAGUAUUUCAGCACGUCUUCAGUGGGGUGGCAGUAUUUCAGCACGUCUUCAGUGGGGUGGCAGUAUUUCAGCACGUCUUCAGUGGGGUGGCAGUAUUUCAGCACGUCUUCAGCAGUAUUUCAGCACGUCUUCAGUGGGGUGAUAGUAUUUCAGCACGUCUUCAGUGGGGUGGCAGUAUUUCAGCACGUCUUCAGCAGGGUGAUAGUAUUUCAGCACGUCUUCAGCAGGGUGAUAGUAUUUCAGCACGUCUUCAGCAGGGUGAUAGUAUUUCAGCACGUCUUCAGCAGGGUGAUAGUAUUUCAGCACGUCUUCAGCAGGGUGGCAGUAUUUCAGCACGUCUUCAGUGGGGUGGCAGUAUUUCAGCACGUCUUCAGCAGGGUGAUAGUAUUUCAGCACGUCUUCAGCAGGGUGAUAGUAUUUCAGCACGUCUUCAGUGGGGUGGCAGUAUUUCAGCACGUCUUCAGCAGGGUGAUAGUAUUUCAGCACGUCUUCAGCAGGGUGAUAGUAUUUCAGCACGUCUUCAGCAGGGUGAUAGUAUUUCAGCACGUCUUCAGCAGGGUGAUAGUAUUUCAGCACGUCUUCAGCAGGGUGAUAGUAUUUCAGCACGUCUUCAGCAGGGUGAUAGUAUUUCAGCACGUCUUCAGCAGGGUGAUAGUAUUUCAGCACGUCUUCAGCAGGGUGAUAGUAUUUCAGCACGUCUUCAGCAGGGUGAUAGUAUUUCAGCACGUCUUCAGCAGGGUGAUAGUAUUUCAGCACGUCUUCAGCAGGGUGAUAGUAUUUCAGCACGUCUUCAGCAGGGUGAUAGUAUUUCAGCACGUCUUCAGCAGGGUGAUAGUAUUUCAGCACGUCUUCAGCAGGGUGAUAGUAUUUCAGCACGUCUUCAGCAGGGUGAUAGUAUUUCAGCACGUCUUCAGUGGGGUGGCAGUAUUUCAGCACGUCUUCAGUGGGGUGGCAGUAUUUCAGCACGUCUUCAGUGGGGUGGCAGUAUUUCAGCACGUCUUCAGCAGGGUGAUAGUAUUUCAGCACGUCUUCAGUGGGGUGGCAGUAUUUCAGCACGUCUUCAGUGGGGUGGCAGUAUUUCAGCACGUCUUCAGUGGGGUGGCAGUAUUUCAGCACGGCUUCAGCAGUGUGGCAGUAUUUCAGCUACAGGCAAACCGAUGUCAACCAAAUGCAUGUGUUGUGCCAAAAAGUGCCUCAGAGUUGUAGCGACAACAAGAGGCAACACGACGUGUAUUAAAUCAGUAGAAGAAUAUCCCCUACUUUACGACGAAUGCAUGAAAAACAACAACAAAAAACACCUGACAGCAGCCAAGCCCCUCGGCUGCAACCAGCCACCAACACUAGAACAGACAGCAGCCAAGUCCCUCGGCUGCAACCAGCCACCAACACUAGAACAGACAGCAGCCAAGCCCCUCGGCUGCAACCAGCCACCAACACUAGAACAGACAGCAGCCAAGCCCCUCGGCUGCAACCAGCCACCAACACUAGAACAGACAGCAGCCAAGCCCCUCGGCUGCAACCAGCCACCAACACUAGAACAGACAGCAGCCAAGCCCCUCGGCUGCAACCAGCCACCAACACUAGAACAGACAGCAGCCAAGCCCCUCGGCUGCAACCAGCCACCAACACUAGAACAGACAGCAGCCAAGCCCCUCGGCUGCAACCAGCCACCAACACUAGAACAGACAGCAGCCAAGCCCCUCGGCUGCAACCAGCCACCAACACUAGAACAGACAGCAGCCAAGCCCCUCGGCUGCAACCAGCCACCUACGUUAAACAGCCUAUUUCUCCACAGUCGCCAUCCCAACACUAGAACAGAGUUAAGGGAGAAGGUUAAACAUGACGUUUUAUACACAAGCUGCUCCUUGCAGUCGCUGGGCUCGGUGCAGUCGCUGGGCUCGGUGCAGUCGCUAGGCUCCUUGCAGUCGCUGGGCUCGGUGCAGUCGCUGGGCUCGGUGCAGUCGCUAGGCUCCUUGCAGUCGCUGGGCUCGGUGCAGUCGCUGGGCUCGGUGCAGUCGCUAGGCUACAUGCUGUCGCUAGGCUCGGUGCAGUCGCUAGGCUACAUGCUGUCGCUAGGCUCGGUGCAGUCGCUAGGCUACAUGCUGUCGCUAGGCUCGGUGCAGUCGCUAGGCUACAUGCUGUCGCUAGGCUCGGUGCAGUCGCUAGGCUACAUGCUGUCGCUAGGCUCGGUGCAGUCGCUAGGCUACAUGCUGUCGCUAGGCUCGGUGCAGUCGCUAUUCUAAUAACUGAUUUUUAAAUUUGGUUUCGUAUUUACUGAGCACACUGUAUGAAUUCAUAUCAUCUCAUUUUAGUUCUCUACCCUGAACCUUGUUUUAACCAUGUCUGGUGGAAUUACCAAGUGAAAAUCUCAAUUCAUAAUUGCAAUAUCUGUCCCAAAUCAAAAAUCACAAUUCAACAUGUUGGUCCAAAUCAUGCAAAAGUCACCCACCCUGUUUUCAAACAUGAAUCCAUUGCAGAUUUUAACACAUUCCUUCACACACACACACACACACACACACACACACACACACACCUAACUACACUCUGAAGGGCCCUCUUUAAAACCACAGUCAACAGGAAGUGUUGAAAAAGAAACAUCAGAUGAGUCAAAAGAUAAGGAUGCUGUUCUGGGGGAACGGUACACACACCCCUUUACCCACACAUUUAUUAGUUCAGGAAGGUUUCGCCUCCACCCCCGGGGGACCUCUGCUGACACGCAGCCCCAGUCAGAGUUCUCCGUUCUGGGCCACAUGAAACACUGCGGGCCCCUGUUGUCUGGCGCUCCGGGAGCCUGGGGUUGCUCUGUUGUGGUGGAGCUGGUGGUCGCGGUGCUCCAGCUGUUUUGGUUGUUUUUCUGUUUUGUUUGUGGGAAGGAUGGUCUCACUAGUUGUUGUAGUGUUUUCUGGUGGCGUUGGAGCUGUGGCUAGUUGUUGUAGUGUUUUCUGGUGGCGUGGGAGCUGUGGCUAGUUGUUGUAGUGUUUUCCGGUGGCGUGGGAGCUGUGGCUAGUUGUAGUAGUGUUUUCUGGUGACGUGGGAGCUGUGGCUAGUUGUAAUAGUGUUUUCUGGUGGCGUGGGAGCUGUGGCUAGUUGUUGUAGUGUUUUCUGGUGGCGAGGGAGCUGUGGCUAGUUGUAGUAGUGUUUUCUGGUGGCGAGGGAGCUAUGGCUAGUUGUAGUAGUGUUUUCUGGUGGCGAGGGAGCUAUGGCUAGUUGUAGUACUGUUUUCUGGUGGCGUGGGAGCUGUGGCUAGUUGUUGUAGUGUUUUCUGGUGGCGUGGGAGCUGUGGCUAGUUGUUGUAGUGUUUUCUGGUGACGUGGGAGCUGUGGCUAGUUGUUGUAGUGUUUUCUGCUGGUGUGGGAGCUGUGGCUAGUUGUAGUGUUUUCUGGUGGCGUGGGAGCUGUGGCUAGUUGUAGUAGUGUUUUCUGCUGGUGUGGGAGCUGUGGCUAGUUGUUGUAGUGUUUUCUGGUGGCGUGGGAGCUGUGGCUAGUUGUUGUAGUGUUUUCUGGUGGCGUGGGAGCUGUGGCUAGUUGUAGUAGUGUUUUCUGGUGGCGUUGGAGCUGUGGCUAGUUGUUGUAGUGUUUUCUGGUGGCGUGGGAGCUGUGGCUAGUUGUUGUAGUGUUUUCUGCUGGUGUGGGAGCUGUGGCUAGUUGUUGUAGUGUUUUCUGGUGACGUUGGAGCUGUGGCUAGUUGUAGUAGUGUUUUCUGGUGGCGUUGGAGCUGUGGCUAGUUGUAGUAGUGUUUUCUGCUGGUGUGGGAGCUGUGGCUAGUUGUUGUAGUGUUUUCUGGUGACGUUGGAGCUGUGGCUAGUUGUUGUAGUGUUUUCUGGUGGUGUGGGAGCUGUGGCUGGCAUCCUGCUCCUCUUUAUCAAAGAAGAAAGUCUAAUUAAAAAGAAAGAAAGAGAGAGGAGGGGAGGAGACAGGAUGGUAUUGUGGACUCCAUGUGGAUGGUCUGGGGGAAGGGAUGAAGGGUGGAUGGGUCUGGGGAAAGGGAUGAAGGGUG